AUGUGGGAUCAAAGUACAGCUACGAACACUUUCCGGCCCGUAGCGGCUGUUGAACACCCAAGGACAAAAUAUCGGCUCUUGACAGCGACUGAAGUGCCGCCGUGGUACGCCCACAAUUCCUUCUUACUCACCGGCUACCGUCCCGUCACUCGGUCGACCAGACUGUGCCUCGAAAGUUUACGAUGUCUUCACAACGAGACUGUCAACAUAUACUCUCACCUUGUGCCAGCCGGAAUCGCCGUCAUCAGCAACGGCGUCUUCCACCUGUACUUCCGCAAUCGCUACCCAACUGCCUCCUGCGCAGACCAGUUGGCAUUCCAUGUCUAUCUGUGCACUUCCAUUCUGUGCUUCGGAAUAUCUUCCAUCUAUCACACCCUCCUCUGCCAUUCAGAGGAUUACGUCAAACUCUGGGCCCUAUUAGAUUAUGUGGCCAUUAUUUUCCAGACCCUCGGGUCAUUCAUUUCGGGAAUAUAUGUUAGUUUUUACUGUGAGCCGGGCCUGCAGAAGCUCUAUUGGACAAUGAUUGGCGUGUUGGGGCUCCUGACAGCCACUGUAGUGGUGAGCCCCCGGUUCCAGAGCUCUAAAUGGAGAAAAUUGCGGCUCUCCACCUUUGUUGCAACCGGUUUCUCAGCACUCGCGCCCAUGAUCCACGCCUCCAUCAUCUUUCCAUACGCCCAGUGGAACCAGCAAGCGGGCCUGGGUUACUACCUGCUCGAGGGUCUGUCAAUAAUUACUGGGACAAUCUUCUAUGCCACCCGAUUCCCAGAGUCGUGGAUGCCCGAGAGAUUCGAUAUCUGGGGAGCAUCACACCAGAUCUUUCACAUUUUCGUCGUCCUCGGUGCUGUCAUCCAUGUGUGGGCGAUUCUCAGUGUGUUUGACUAUGUCCAUGAGAAUCCGCGUUGCCUAGUUUGACAACUUAUCGUCUCUUCACUGAGAGACAGCCACCAUGCUGGGAUGCUGCAUCUUUCAAAAAAUUUGCACUUUCGAUUCUUGGUACCUGUAUAUAGGAGAGAAUCAGGCGUGAGAGCUGUUGUAGUCACAAGGCUAGCCCAAGAGGUUACCAGUGGCAUAAGCUUCAUGAU